UGGAGAUUAAACCCCAGAGAGUUUAUAAAGCCACUCCUCUGCUGCCUGCUCCGUGCUAAAGGGACAUUUCGCAAGGAAAAGGUGACGAUGUGGACGUCUGCAGUGCUGCUUCUGCUGCUGGCUGCAGCUUCACAAACUGUGGCAAAACACAAAACCCGUUUUACCCGUUAUCCGUCAUGGAAUGCUAAGAUGUACCCGGUCUGGAAAGAUGGCGACUCGCGGUACAAAGAUGCCUGGAAAGGUGGAAGAGUAAGCUUCAAUGUUGGGAAUGAUUCACCGACUCUGACGGGAGCUAGAGUCACCUUCACCAUCGACCUGGAGUUCCCUCACACCCAAAAGGUUCAGCCUGAUGGGGACGUGGUCUGGGCUGAAGACUGCAUUAUCAAUGGAACAAAGUUUCUUAAGUCUGAACCAGUUUACCGGAUAAAGGACAUGGACUGGGAGGCUGUAUUUCCUGAUGGAACACCCGUGAAGAAGGACAGGAAGCCAGCGUAUGUCUUUGUCUGGAAGACGUGGGGUCAGUACUGGCAGGUGGCAGAUGGACCUUCCUCAUCCCUGACCAUUGAUACACAUGACAUCCCCCUGGGCUCCUACACCAUGGACAUCGUCAUCUAUCACUACCGAAGCAAGGAGAAGUUCAUUCCUUUGGGAUACGCCUCAACACAGUUCUCUAUCACUGAUCAGAUCCCCUUUGCAGUCUCCCUGGACCAAGUGAAUGACAUUGUGGCUGGAGACAUGCGCUUUGUGCAGAACAGGGCAAUUGCCUUCACGGUCACCCUCCAUGACCCCAGCGAGUACCUAAGUGAUGCAGACAUCACCUUCAACUGGGAUUUCGGUGAUGAGAGCGGAGCCCUGAUAUCCAGAGAGCUGACCGUUACUCACACCUACAUCGACUCGGGCUCCUACAAACCCCAGGUAGUGAUCCAGGCAGUCAUCUCAGAUAAGGCAUGCGACCCUUCAUCUGAUAACCCAACAACUGUUCCUGGUGCACCAGUUGACCAGGCCACCACAGCGAAAGCUCCUGUUUUGGUGUCUGCUGCUACCAUACUGGUUUCCUCCAAACCAGCUGAUCUGAACGUCAACGUGGUUCCCUCAGACACAGAAGAAGACAACAGCGAGGGUGAGGCCUCCUCUGCUUCAGUCUCAGAGACUCUGUACCCUGUCAACCAGCUGCCUGCUGCAAGUAAAGCAGCAAACAAGCAGGCAGCAAAGAGAGCCUUGGUGCUGACGGGCCACGCUGCAGCCGUUGCUGUUGCUAGGAGAGACGUCAGCGACAAGCAGCCUGAUGAUGAUGACUGUGUCAUAUACAGAUAUGGCUCCUUCUGCACGGGCAUCGAAGUUUUUGAGGGCAUUGAGAAAGUCGAAAUUUUACAAUUGGACAACAAUGUAAUGAUGACAUCUGGAACAAGUUCAAAUGUUUUGGACAUCACCGUUACUUGCCAAGGAAGUUUUCCAAAAGAAGUUUGCAGCGUGAUUCUGGAUGCAGAAUGUCUGAAGCCACUUCACACCUCAUGCAACAUGGUGGAGCCUUCCAAGGAGUGCCAGAUGGUGCUCCGUCACUUCUUCAACAACUCCGGUGUCUACUGCAUCAAUGUUUCUAUGGCCAAUGAUGUCAGUUUGGCUGCCACCAGUGCCAAAGUCAACGUUAACAUGGGUUCUGGUCUGCCAUCUUCUGGCCCUGUUGUCAUGUUGCUGGGUGUUCUGGUGCUUGCUCUGGCAGUAGGAAUAGUUGCGUAUUCUUACAAACGCUUUAAGUCCUACCAGCCCUUGAAGGAGGACACCACAGCAUCUGAAGGCCCUCAGCUUAGUGGUGUUCUCAGCUGCUCUGGAGCCCCAAAGUUCUGGAAGUCCCAGAAUAAAAAAAGAGCCCUCGAUGACUGCCCUCUGCUGCAGGACAGGCUGCUGUGAGCCCCCAAACGUGCACAGCCCCUAAAGAUUAUAAUAAUAUAACAGAGCUGAACCUGUUUUGGUAGAAGGCAACAGACCUGGGAUGGAUUUUAUACUUUUUAAACAACACUUAACUAAUUGGUAUUAUUUAGGGUUUCAUAAUCAGCACCCUAUAUUCCUACACUGUUUUUGUACUAUUUUAGAGGUCAUUUGAACAUUUGUACUUGAAUUUGGACAAAGAUAAAUUUGAAUGUUUCUCCAAAUAAACAUUGUUCAAAGCAGUUUCA